AUGGGCGGCCAUGCUUUCGCGCAAGCGGUCACUGAAAGCGGCGCGCCAACAUUACGCACGCCGAGAAUGACUCCCGCUGAGUACAGCCAUCUCAAGGCAGUCUAUCGGGAACGACUGAAGACUUUGCUCCCCGGCUGCGAAGUUGAGAGUCUGAUCGAAGCACCCGAGAAGCCAGAUUAUGGCGACCUGGACCUCAUCGUAUGUUCAGAUCAGACGCACGACCUGCCCGACUUGGCACAACAAGUCGGCGCUCGAGCCAUUCUCGUCUAUGGCAGCGACAAAGACCAGAGAUGCACACUCGCUGUACCGAAGAAUGGCUGCAAGUGUGAAGCUCCAGUAGCGCUCUAUAAGGUGAGAGCCUCUUAUGCCGCGGCUUGUGUCAGCUACUGACAUAUCCAGCCUUCGCAUGGCAACGUGCCAGCACAAGUUCAGUCGAAGAAUCUCAGUGAGGAGGAAUACGCACAGAUCGACAUCCGAUUCCUGACGCCAGAGAGCUUUGAAUGGUACGCAUUCUACGCCUCGUACGGAGAUCUCGCUGCCCUACUGGGUCGCCUCGCCCGUCCUCUCGGCUUCACGGUAUCUGACAAGGGGCUCUGGUUGCGAUUGCAAGAACUGGACGACUCGAAAGAUGUGAAGUGGCUGAGCAUCCCCGACAAGGACGGCUAUCUGCUACUAUCAAGCGACCCGGGCAAGAUCAUGGCUUUCUUUGGCCUGUCGGCCGAACGCUACUGGGAAGGGUUCCAGUCGAUGGAGGACUUCUACAAAUGGCUCGCAGAAUGCCGCUUCAUCUCUCCCGAAAUCAUCCAAAUCAAGCGAGACGACCACAACGAGCGCCAAAAGGAACGAAAGCGAACCGUGUACUCGCGGUUCCUGCGCGAAUGGUUACCAGCGCGCCUCGAAACCGAUUCCGAAACGACGAAAGACGUGACUCCACAGUCCGAACAUGAUGCAGAGCCUGACUUCACCUCGAAGCGCGCCGAGCUCUGCAAAGAGGCGGCUGAGAUUUUCGCCAAAACGGAGGAAUACGCUCAGAUGCGCCGUGCCUUGAUACUCGGCAUCCGCAACCAGACUGCCGAGCGGCUGAUCAAACCCAUUGUGGCCAUUCACUCGGGCAAGGCUGACAGAAAGCUGACAGAAGUCAUGAGAGCGUUCAGACGCUGGAUUGUGUUUGUAGACGGCUCACCACAGAUGGGCGAGACUGCGCAUAGCGACGGAGACGCACAGCUGCAUCACUGGUAUGUUUCAUGGAGCGUCUUGCAUUCGUCCUCUGGCGUGUACUGACUCGCAACAGGCUUGACAGUGACUUCGCCUCGUUGGAGAAUGAGGACGCCGCGAACGAAUGGGUGAGGUCGCAUUGGGAAGAAGUGAGGGAACUAGAACGGCGCCGUGGGAAGGCUGCGAGGACGGGAUAGGUUAGGCGCAGGACAUUCGAUGUCUUACCAGGUCUCCGGACUCCGCUUCCACCAUACACCAUAUGCAGACUCUUGAAUGCACCUCCCGUCUUUCCAUUUUGCCUGUCGAGAACGAGUGAGACUGAAGAGGCUCUGUAGCCGGACGGCUUUUACCCGAGUAGCCGGUGCCUCGGCCACACCAUCCGCACGAGGUUAGGCUGCACAGCCACAAGCGGCAAGGUUCAUCUCAGGCACCGACGACACUUCCUGGAGGAGGUACCUUAUGAGCCGAAUGCACCUUCCCGCGAACGUCUUCCAUUAUUUUCCGCAUCACCGUCAUGCCCCCCGACAUCCCAUCGGAUGACAUUGACCAGUUGCUGAUGAUCCCGUCCCCUCCAGCAGCGCGGCCACCCACCUCCGACAACAAAGACUGCAACUGCCCGCGAAAAGUUUGGUUGCUUCGCGCGCAAACCUUCCAGUCCAUUUCCGGCUCUCGGUUGCCUCCCACACAAAGACUGGUCGCAGUGUCAUCCGCCGCCUGCGCAUGGCUCGCUCCCCAUGGCCAACACGACGUCCUAUCGUCGUCUCCGAGACGGCAUUCACCACAUCAGGUCUUCAUUGCUAGAGAUCCCAUCGGCCGUGCGCGACAUCCCGACCGCCUUCCGCCCCACCUCCUUCAUGGACAACAUCUUCGCUGAGGCCAACCGAGCGUCCAUUGCCCCGGCCACGUUUGGACCUCCCACCUCGGAAUUGCGCGAAACAUGCACCGAUCCCGCGGAGGCGCCCUCGUCUGCGCGAGGAGACCGGGAGGCGCCGGACGCUUCUCGUGAUCAAUUACAUUCGAAUCCGGAGACAUUCACUACGAGCGACAUGAUUCCUGAAGGUGUUACGAACACGACGAUUCCAGAAACCGCAGGUGAGAUCGCACAGGCAGCGGCACCUGAAUCGUCACCAGAUAACCAUGCGCCUCCUAUCCUCCAAGACGGACCUUCACAUGAUCUCCCUCUACCACCCGUAGCACCUGCGGUUCCAAUGUGCCCCAUCAUCGUACACCUCGCCACAGGGGACGAGAAUGAGAGCCAGCGAGCUUCUACCGACAUCAGCACCAAGCCGGAUAUGGGCCUCACCGCUUCCAAGAUCUCUUAUAGACUUCAACAGCCACCGGACACCCAAGCACAUGCAAUCAACGCAGUCGCUACACCUGUUCUUGAGAUGGCUGAACCAGAGAAGACGCAGAACACUUCCAACGCUGUUUCUCCCGAAGACGACGCUCCCACGCCCUUCACUGCUGUGAGGGAGCAGCACCCUGAAAACAUCUCGAAGGGCACCAAUAUCGCGGAAAACGCUCCGUUGGAAAUUUCCGAUACCGUUGGCGCUCCAGAUCAUCAGCCGGAUACCGACAGGAUCACGGUCCCUCAAAUUGCGGCUCCGGCGACGGAUGCCAUCCCACCCGCAGAAGCCACAGCCGGCGCGACCCAAGAGGAGAGUCCUGCCGGACGGGACCGCCUGCAAACUCCCGUAAACAUCGUCACAACUGUAAACAACGGAACAAACGUCGCUCAAGCAAGUGCUGCGCCGACAGUUACCAAGCCCGUGGAGCCCGCGGAUCUGCUGCCACCAGAACCAGACUCGCUCGCUGCAAUCUUGAUCGAUCAACAAGUAGUUCAAAUGAAGAAGCCGGCUCCUCGCCGCAAGACCGGAAAGAACUCUCCUGCGCCGAAGCGUGCUACCACGAGACAGCCAGCUAGAGCUAAAGUAAAAGCUAAGACUUGCCCUGCACAGCCGUAUGAGAGGGCUCCCAACGCGAGACGAGUAGCUACCGCCAAGUAUCGCGUAACUCCGCCUCCGCCCACCCCGAGACCGAGGGCGCAGCGUCCGACGGCGAGAGAUCGUCAGUCACUUAUUGUGAAGCUGCCUAUAUCAUUGAGCCCGGCACAGCAGACACCAAACACUAGCGCCAAGAGGAAGCGGUUGGCGGAGGAUACUCAGGCGCUGGAGUUUGGUCCAGACAACAAACGCCACAAGCAAAGCGAAGAGGUGCUUGCAGUCGAUGCGACACCGUUCCAAGAUUCCAGCGUUGUUGAGGAUGCGGGCCAGCAGAACUUCUCCGACAGUCAUGGCCAAGAAUCUGUCGGCCCAACGGCAGCGUCGCUUGAGGACGCUGGAAUCGACGUCAAUGAGAGUCAGCACAUGCUUCCCUUCAACGGCGUUAGACCGAAGCGAGACGUUUUGGGCGACGAAAAAUUCGUAGAGGAUGUUAAGAAAGUGCUUGAAGCCCGGACCAAGAAGAAAGCCCGACACAUGGGUUGGAGACAAGCGAUUCGAAUACUGGACCUGCUCGAGCGCGCAAAGUAUCCUACAGAGGACGAAGCCAGAUUUUUAUCGACAGAAGAGGCGAUGGAAGCUGUGCGACCCAAGAAGUUCUGGAAUAAUAUCAUCAUCACAGAAGGACAACAGACACUGCCUCUCCAGAGCGUCGACGACUUCCUGGGAGAGUACUACGACGAUGACACGGAAGUGUGGAUCCAAGAUCCCGCAAUCCGGCCGAGCAGUCAGCCGGUCACACGCAAGGUCAAGAUGAAGAAGAUCAAGGACCGAUUUGCAGGCACAAUGAACAGUCAGCCAUGGAAUCUCCUAGAGCUUGCCACGCACUGCGAUGACGGUCUUCGACCGCUCUUCCUCAACACCGAAGACUGUCGCUUGCUCACCAAGCUCAAGAUUCCCAAUUCCGAGGACGAAGCCCGGCGGAAGACAUAUGCGCCUGGCUACAAAGAGGUCGAGAAGUGGGCGCUGCUGGCACAAGCCGGUGCUCUGACCGAGCCGCACCAGGACUCGCACGGGUACAGCACCUACAUCACCGUGAAUGUAGGCCUUGUCGGUUUCGGCUGGCUAUGUGCUCCAACGGCAGAGGAGCGGGCAGCAUGGCGCAAGUACCCGAUGACCUUUACCGAGGGCAACUGGCGCUAUGUGGUGCUCAAGCCCGGCCAGACGGUGUAUUUCCCCGCCGGUACCGUCCACUUCGUGUUCCGUCUCCCUGCUGCGGGUAACACUCUUGCAUUCGGCGGACAUGUCCUGCGAUGCUCCAACAUCGUGCACUGGGUCCAGACUCUGAUCGAGGAGCGGGAUGAGAAGAACGUGACGAAUGAGGAUCUGACGGAUUCGUCGUCGGGAUAUCUGCACCGCGUGGAGAAGUUUGUGAAGAGGGCGUUGACGAAUGGACAGGCGGAGAAGUGGGGAGGACAGGAGUCGAUUGAGCAGUUCUUGACCUUGAAGGCCAAGUUUGAGGAGAAGAAGCAGAAGUGA